AUGGGAGAAACACCGAAUCACCUCAGCCCAAUCUUUGUGAACAACACGGAGCUCUUCCCCGACUCGAAAAACAUCAUCCAGAUCCCGUACAGCAGCUUCAGCAACGUGACCGCGACCGCCAUCAACACAACCUCCGUCGCCGGCUAUGACUGGACGAAACCGUUCCCCGGGCGUGCCAUUGAUGGGCACGAGGCGCAUCUCUAUGUCACGCGCGACGUGCCUCUCUCGGACGACAUUGUCCAAAACUCCACCACGACGCUUUCCGCAUUGACUUUCAGCAUCCCGGGCAGCAUGACCAACUCGUCCACCGACCUGCCACUGAAGAUGGAUCCCUCGUGGUAUAUCUGCCGGCACAUUUUCAUCAGCACGAAAGAGCGGGCGAGAACAUUCGCCGUGGAGGGCAAGGGUUGCUACUUUUUAGAGACCUCAUGUCGCCUCGAUUUGGUCAACAGCCUGACGAAGCGUUGGGGCAGCAAAGACGGCACGACCAUGUGCUCAAGCCUGGCACUUGAUCCCAUCCCGUCCAGCUGCAGCGACACUUUCGGUCUCUCCCGGCAAGAUGUCUUGGGUAACCCUCCCUUCCUCCGAGUGCGUCCUCUUCAUGCCCCUAACUUUGAGCCUAGCUUUCAACUCCACGACCUUGGCCGAUCCAAACGAGGGCCCAUUGGUUUCCUCUGA